UGUCUUGUUCUUACUUCUUGUUAGUUAACCUUAAUUUUGACGUAUAACAAAGCAUUGCAAGUGUUUGUUUUUCAAUUAUAAAUAUAUUAAACAUUACUUAAAAUGAAGAUAAAAAAGCAGCAUCGAAAGAAAAAAUAUUUACAUAAACUUAAUAGAAAGAGAAUGCACCUAAAACAAAAAAGCACAGGCGAUGUAAAAUGUCAAGUAAUUAAAGAAGCGUGGAAUCACAAAAAAUCUUCAUAUCGUAACCUUCGUGAAAUGGGACUUGCUAAUGAUCCAAAUAAGGCUAUUAAAAUACCUAACUUUAAACAAGAACAACUACGUAUAGCUAAACAAAUUGUAAAGAAUGGUGAAUCUGAUACCGAAGAAGAGGAAGAGACGGUAAAACGAGUUCCCCCCAAAAUACGAGUAGCAGAAACAUUAGAAAAAGUAGCAAAAGCCCCGAGGGAACGAAAAUUCAUGCUGCCCAAAGGGCAAGUUGAAUACAUAACAUAUUUAUUGGAUAAAUAUGGGCAUGAUUACAAAGCAAUGGCAAGAGACAAAAAGAAUUAUUAUCAAGAAACUUGGAAACAGAUACGUUCAAAGAUAAAAACAUUUAUGGGUAUACCUAAACAAUAUGGAGAGUAUCUGAAAUCUAGAGGAUUAUUAGACAAAGAAGAAAGUGAAGAAGCAUUAAAGGAGCAAGCUAAAGCUUUAGUGAUGGACGAUAGUGAUUAAGAGACUCAAUAUUGUUAUAAGAAAACUAAAAUAAUAAAUCUAUUAUAAAACUGAA